UGCAAUAGAUGGAACCCGCGAUUGCAUCGACUGUCAACGGUGGAGAGACAUGCACCAUGGAGACGGAGGACAUUCUGAAGGGUUUUGCAGAUGGCAGCAAGGAAGGGAAUUCGGCAGGAGGGAGCAACGCAGACUGUGCAGAGGUGCUUGCGACAAUAUGUGCACAGACUGCAGAGAUGAUGGGUGAUGGUGAUGAAAUAGAGAAUGAUGCAACAGGGAGCACUUGUGAGACGAAAACGGUUGGGGAAGAGAGAAAGGAGCGAGGAAUGGGAAGCAGAAAAUCUCUGACAGGGUGUAUUGUGAAAGAUGAAAAUGUGGUGAAGACAUCAGUAGGAGAAGAGUACCCAUAUGACAUCAAUUGGGUGUCGGGUCGUGUUCAAUCGGGUAUUGUUGGAGGAGCACCCUGCUUUGCGUUCAAAGUCGAAGGGACAUGGGUUCCAUUUCCUGCCCCCCAAAAGAAUACAUGGCGAAACAUAACUCUGACAAUCGUGUUUGACAGACUAUUAAGGUUGAAUGAUGGGUCAACAACAGAGGUGAAAGGGCGAUAUGCAUUGGACAUGUGGCGUGUUCUGGAGGCGCAGGGCGAGUUCAGGCUGAACGAUUUUUUGUACGACAGUUUUGAUUGCGGAAAGGCAUGGGUGAUUGGCGGGAACGACGCAACAGGGAGAACGACGUGCCACGAGAGCGAUGCGAGGAGGGAUCUUAGGUGGGGUUCGGGGCUAUGUGUGAUCCCGAUUCCAUGUGGCCGUGUGAGGAUGAUGAUGCGUGAUGCCAUGGGAAAUGUCUGGAGCACGCAUUAUGUGAAUGGCAACUUCUCCUUCAGGCACCUCAACAGGGAGAUGAUGGCAGUGCGUGCUUUGAUGGAGGCUACCGAGGGGUACCUGGUCGCCAAUUUCGAGAACACCAACGAGGUGGCCAUCCAUUCGAAGAGGGUGACGAUCCAGGUCAGGGACAUGAGACUGGUCGCUGGGUUGAGAAAUAUCAAGAGAGAAGAGGAAGAAAGACAAACCGUACGCAUCAUGUCGAUGUCAGUAGCACAGGUGGAGGCUGCUCUUGCAGAGGUAAUGAAGUAUGCAAAGGAGGGCGUCCACUACAACGGUGACAGCGAGUUGUCUUUGCUUCAGGACAGGGUGCCGAGGUACUUCAUAGUCGCUGUGGAUGUGAGAUCCACAAUCAUGGCAAACGACGAGGGCUGUGUCAAAGCACGAACACUCUUGCAACGCUUCAGAGAGUCACCACAUGUACGUGUGGACAACGAUGUGGAAGACAGUGCAUACAGUCUAAAAGGAGUGGUCCAGUGGAUCUGCAGCGAAGGGAUGUACGAAGAAGAAGACGUGGACAUGACAAUGCGGCAGACAGGGGGGACAUAUACACCUGCGAACUUGGACAAGUUGCUGGACACUGUCGCACGGAAUGGGGGAAUGCUGGUUGAUGGGUCGAAGGACGAGUUGAAGAGUGGUGCUGCAGAAAUAUUGGUGUUGUCCAUAAUGAAGGACAUUACACAAACACCGCCAGAAGACUUUCAAGAUGUUUCUGUCAUUGUCGCAAAUGGUAUGGAAUAUAUUCUGCUGGAUCAACUUGUUGACUUCAGGAAAAAGAAUGACGACGACAGGAACGUCAUCCAUGAGGCGUUGCACGAAGUGACAGAGUUUGCACUGCAGGGUCAAGAUCUGAUAGAAUUUGCGCCAGCAAGAACAAAAGUUAACAUCAUAUUUGGCAGAUCGUUGUCGAGGGAGUUGUUAUCAGCUGGUUUGGAGCGGCUCGGUCAUGCAAGCUGUGAUGUCGAGAGACAAAGAGAAAGAGAAGAAGGGUGGAAGACAGUAACGAGAGAGGAGUUGGUGUGUUGCGAUAUCUUCAAUGCUUUCACGAUGGAGAAAGAACAGUGUAAUCGUGGAUUUGAAGAGGCCGAUUUGCCAAGUUGUUGUGCAGAGUACACAAACAGUGUAGAAGAAGAAGAUGAAGAAGAGGAUGAGGGGGCAUCAUCUUCUGACGUGGAAGUGAGCGGCAACGAUGUCAGCAGCGACGAGGAAGACGAGGAACAUGAUGUAUACUAUGAUUUGAAGGCUGUGGGUGGGCCUUUCAUGUCAUUACGAACUUUGAACUCACAUCGUGCGAGGGCAUGCUCGGCCGUGGCGGACGAAAGAACACAUGGCCAGGAGAUGGAUGUGGUCGAUGACGCCGGAGCAUCAAGUAUAGGUGCAGUGAAUCUCGUGAGCGAUGAGAGCGAUGACGUCGGGGCCCCCGAGAAUGUAGACGGGGAGGUCGGGACAUUCGAAGAGCAGCAACCGCAACCUGUCGAAUUUUUUGACAGCUCUUGCAAGCUGGCGCCACUGAUUUUCUCCGCCAGGGGCGGCGUCGGAGCAGCGACGGCACAACGCAGAACGAGGGCGGUGACGGGGCAGGCGAAGACGACAGAAGCGCGGACGGAAGAGGGAGUUUCUCAUCUCUGGGAAGAACGCGAUGCACGAGGGAACCCGAAAGUGGCGGCGAGGGAGACGUAGCCGACGCGCCCUCCAUUGACAGACAACUAGUGAGGCACAACAAUGCAGUUAAAAAAGGUAAACAAAAUGUGCUGAAGUUG